AUGGCUGCAGUACCUCCUGCCCCAGCUCAUGCUGAGCGCGGGGAAGACCAGAUCACCAACCAAAAUGUCAUCAACAACUAUUUCAUCGGCCCAAGAGCUGCAAAUAUGCCUGAUUUCCGAGCAAACAUCAACGCCAUCCUGGACGAACUCCUUGAAACCAGGCUGGAUUAUUAUCCCGAGGAUGAUAAAUUCAUCACCAAGGAAGUCCGACGAUCGCCGGAGUUCCGCAAGGUCAGGGACAACUUCGGUGAUGUCGUCCGAAAGGUGGCCCAGCUUCUAGGAGAGCACUCCGUGCCUUUUUGGUCUCCACGUUAUGAAGCUCACAUGUGCACUGACUUGACUAUGCCUUCUUUGCUGGGAUACUUCAUGACAAUGCUGUACAAUCCUAACAACGUCGCUCUCGAAGCCAGUCCCAUGACCACGGUCGCGGAACUGUUGGUGGGGCAGCAACUUGGCGAGUUGUUCGGAUACAGGACCCCCCUCACUGUGGAUCGUCAUGAAGAAAGACAGAAUGAGCCAAUAUCAUGGGGCCAUAUUACCUGCGAUGGCACCGUCGCCAAUCUGGAAUCCAUUUGGGUUGCCCGAAACCUGAAGUUCUAUCCUUUGGCCCUUCAUCAGGCCAUCACAAAGGGAAAGCUCAAGUUCAUCGCGGAUAAAUUCAUGGUGGAAACCUGCAAGGACGGGUACAAGAAACUUGUCGAUUUGAAAACCUGGGAUCUUCUCAAUCUAAAGCCCAAGACUGUCCUUGAUCUGCCGGACCAACUGUACGAACAGUUUGGCAUUUCCAGUGACUUCCUCAAGGAUGCAUUGGACCCGUAUAACAUUCAGUCAGCUGGUCUAAUGCACGAGGAGGCCGAUGAGAUCCACCAGUUUUACAGGAGUCUCAAGGCGAUGAAAUUCAUUGUGUCAAGAACUAACCAUUACUCCUGGCCGAAGGGACUUGCAAUUGCCGGGCUGGGCUCUUGCAAUCUUCUGGAGAUUGAGGUCGACGACGAUGCUCACAUUGACCUUGCGCAACUGAGGGCUACACUGACCGAUUGCCUUGAAAACGAGACUCCUGUGUAUGCGGUUGUGGCCGUGAUUGGGUCCACCGAAGAAGGUGCAGUCGACCGGCUUUCCGAGAUUGUGAAAAUUCGAGAAGAGAUGCAGAAGAAAGGUCUUUCGUUUCUCGUUCAUGCUGAUGCUGCCUGGGGAGGUUACUUUGCCACCAUGCUGCACCGAGGGCUGAGGGGUCCUGAAAGAGGCGGUGCCGACAGAGGUGCUGUGCCAGCAUUGACUCUGCGGAAGGAGACUGAAACGGACCUUUUGGCUCUUCGGCAUGCGGACUCAAUCACCGUGGAUCCACAUAAGGCUGGUUAUAUCCCAUACCCGGCCGGAAGCCUGGUGUACAGAGACGGUCGGAUGCGGUACCUGGUGACUUGGUCCAGUCCCUACCUGUCGCAGGGAUCGUCGGAGAACAUUGGGGUUUAUGGUGUAGAGGGGAGUAAACCCGGUGCUGCUGCCAUGUCAACUUGGCUCUCGAAUCAGACAAUUGGUCUGGAUCCAGACGGAUACGGGAAGUUGCUUGGUCAAGCAUCUUUCACCAGCUCUAGGCUGUCUGUGCGGUAUGCAGUCCACAGUGAUUUCAGAGAAGAGAACAGGAAGGACUUCAUCUGUGUUCCUUUCAACAAAUUGCCCAAAGAGAAGGAAGGAUACGCCUUCAACUCCCCAGAGGUAGAAGGUAACCGGGACAUCAUCAGAACGCGCAUCCUGGGACAGCAGAACGAGGCCCUCCUGCAGGACCCUGUUGCAAUGAAUCUGCUCCGUCAAUUAGGCUCUGACACCAACAUCAACGCCUUCGCCCUCAACUUUUAUGUCGGCGAAGAGAGGACAACCCUGAACACCGACAUUGAGGAAGCCAAUUACUUGAUGAAGAGGGUCGUUGACCGGCUGUCCAUCACGGGCGUGGACACCGACCCAACCAAGAUCCCCGUCUACUUGACCUCGACCAAGUUCGAGCCCAAGCACUAUGGCGAAUGCGCAAAGGCCUUCAUGAGAAGACUGGGACUCAAUGCGGUCAAUGAAGACCUGUUCGUCCUACGUAACGUGGUCAUGAGCCCAUUCCCCACCAAGCACUACUUUAUCGGCAAGCUCUGGGACGAAUUCGACAAGGUCGUCAACGAAGAAGUCAAAGGAGUCCGGACACGCAAUGAUCCAACGGCACACAAGGCCCAAUUCCUCCUGCAAGGGUUCGAGGAGACCGGAAAGACAUUCCUGGUCUUGCAAACCUCGUUCCACACUGCGACCCUCCGGCAGCAGCUCAUUGUCCGCGCAGCACUCAGCCCUGACCUCGAAGAAACAUAUCGUGCCUACAAGAGUCAGAAGCCAGAAACGUCUCUCCUCUUAGUCACGCAAGACAAAAUCAAUCUUCAGCAGGGGAUCCAAGAUCUUCCCAACGCGGCUUUCACGUUCACCGCAGCGAUCUACAACAAGGCCGAAUAUCUUCGCACACACGAGAACCCCGAGAUUACUGUGGACUCCUUGGCCCAGGGAGAAGUGACCAUCACAGAGAAUGACAUCAUCAAGAGCCGGCCGUUGAACGUGGUGAACCGAGACCCGAAAUACCCGGACACCAACACUCCGUUCUACCUCUACGGUACGCCCGAGCACAUGCAUAUCUCCCACGUGCUGGUUCGAGCGCCGAACAUCGCUCUCUCUGCUGCCAACGUCUCCUUGUCGGCCGACGACGGGGUCGAAGACAGCAUCAGCGCCGACGACCUCGCCAACGGAUUGAUCCUCGCCUUGACCGACCACCCCGAGGUCGCCAUGCAGCCCGUGUCCGGAAAGGUGUCCGCGACAGCCGUUUCGCCCGACGACUUCUUCUUCCGUCGUGGAAGACAGUUCAAGGUCAACGUCUGGAGGGACCUCAAGGCCAGCGAUGCCCAGGGCCCCGGCCUGUUGAACGAUCUGGGCGAGCCCUUCUGGACGGGAACAUUGACUCUGGGCGAGGACUUGGACUAUGACUCCGACUGGCCCAACAAGGACCCGGCGGCUAUUGUGCGGGUGAACUCGGUUCACUGGCGCGAGGAGCUGCUGAAGAUUGGCAACGUCUUGAAUGCCAAAUACAGGGAUCCCGCGGAAUAG